AUGAAUCUCCUCUCCCUCUCAAUGGCACAGCAGCUAAACCCUCCUCCUCUUUACAGCAACGCCUUCUUCACCCCCCUCAACAUCCUCUUCCUCCUCGUAAACCUCUACUCAAUCUACGUCCUCCUCCGCCCGACCCCGCCCCCGGUCCUCCCGAAAGAGCCGCCCGCGACUGUCUUCCGCGUCUUCAACCCGCGCACCCUCCUCCCCUUGACCGGCGAGAACAACACACCCAUCUGUCUCGCCGUCCGCGGCCGCGUUUUUGACGUAACCCACGGCCGCAACUUUUACGGCCCCGGCGGGCCAUACUCAAACUUUGCCGGCCGGGAUGCCUCACGCGGACUGGCGCUCGGUAGCUUCGACGAGGACAUGUUGACCGAGGACCUGGACGGGCCGUUGGACCCGCUCGAAGGGCUGGCGCCAGAUGAGAUUGAGACGCUUCAGGGGUGGGAGGAGAAUUUCGAGAGCAAGUAUCUUGUCGUUGGCAGGCUUACUGCGGUCGGCGAGGAGGAUAAGUAG